AUGGCGACGGUGGCUGAGGCAGAGGCGCUAAGGUUUAUCUUCUUAGAUCAAGCUGAGACUAUCUACUUGACCCUCUGUCUUCUCACAAUCCUUUGCCAGGACUUCAUUGACUUAACCAGAGAAACCAGACCAAGGCCAAAGGACCGCAGUGCAAUCUGUGUGAUUGACCUGACAAGAGCUGAGGAAGAAAGCAGACCUAUUGCCACUCUUGACUUGACUGUAGAACCCGUUGCUCCUUGCCAGAAGGAGUCACCCAAUCUUCAGACAUGUGCCAGCCUCUCCAGCAAAGAGGCGACGGAAGGGCGGGUAGACAGAAGCUCUUGGCCUGCAGCACGGAGAGUCAUUAACCGCGACCCUGUGGAUGUGGACCUUUUGGAGGAAGCCACAUUUGAAGGCUCCCAACCCCCUGCAUCCAUCAGUGGGGACUCUGUUUAUCCAGCACAGCCGAACUGUAGCUCAGCUGCAUUCAAAGAUGACUUUAGCUUCUUGGCAGGCCUUGAGCUAUCUUCAGAUGCUCACUCCCUCUCUCCAAUAAGCAAUAAUGGUCACAGCAGCAAUCACAGGGUGCCCUUGCCAUGCCCACAGCAAGAUGUACCUUGCCCACCACACGCCUUGCCAUGCCCACUGCAAGCCUUGCCAUGUCCACCACGAGCCUCCUCCUGCCCACCACGAGCCUUGUCGUGCCCAUCACAACCUGUGCAGUGCCAACUACAAGCUUUGCCUAACCUGUCUCAAGAAAUGCCAUGCCCUCAGAAUAUGUCAUGCCCUCAGCAAAAUAUGACAAGCCCACCUCAGGACUCAUGGCAUCCUCAACAUUUACCAUGCCCACCUCAGGACUCAUGGCAUCCUCAACACUUACCAUGCCCAUCUCAGGACUCAUGGCAUCCUCAACAUUUACCAUGCCCACCUCAGGACUCAUCAUGGCAUCCUCAACACUCACCAAGCCGACCUCAAAAUACAUCAUGGCAUCCUCAACACUCACCAAGCCGACCUCAGAACACAUCAUGGCAUCCUCAACACUCACCAAGCCCAUCUCAAGACAGACUCUGCCCGUCUCAAGACUCUCUGGGCCUACCUCAAUGCGUACCUGGCCCACCUCAAAACAUAUCCUAUCCACAAGAUGUGGCACAGCUGCAAGACAUGCCACGGUUACUGGGAGACAUGCCACAGCCACCAGAUAUGCCACAGUCAUCAGGAAACAUGUCACAGUCAUUGCGAGAUGCUCCACGGUCACCAAGAGAUGCACCACAGACACCAAGCUAUGCACCACAAUCACCAAGAGAUACACCACAGAUACCAAGAGAUGCACCAUGGUCACCAAGAGGUGUGCCACAGUCACCUAGAGAUGUGCCACCAUCACCAAGAGCUGCACCGCAGUCACCAAGAAGUGUGCCACAGUCACCAAGAGGUGUGCCACAGUCAACUGGAGAAGUCUCACAUUUACCAGAUGUGCUGCGUUCACCUGGAGACAUGCCACACUUGCCAGGAAACAGGCCUAACUCUCCCCCAAAUGAUGUACAGAACCAUGACACUCCUAUGGAUGUCUCAGCUCCGUCUUCUCCAAGCUGCUCUCUCAGCCCACAGUCUCCACAGUCUAAAACUUCCUUAGAGAAAAUUUCCUGGCUCUCUGUCCCAGAAACUCCAGCCAGAAAGGAGAUAGCAAUGUCAGAGCCUGCCAACCCCGGGUCUGCCCACAUACAAGCACGAACACCACCAGGCGUGUUGUACCACAGACCCUGCCUGCAUAGACUGAAGUACUUCUUACGACCUCCGGUGCAUCACCUCUUCUUCCAGACACUAAUACCCGAUAAAGACGUAAGAGAGAACAAGGGUCAAAAAUUAGAACCCAUCCCCCAUCGAAGACUAAGAAUGGUAACAAACACCAUUGAAGAAAAUUUUCCCCUGGGGACGGUGCAGUUUUUGAUGGACUUCGUGUCACCCCAGCAUUACCCACCCAGAGAAAUCGUGGCUCACAUCAUCCAGAAAAUCCUGCUCAGUGGCUCUGAGUCCGUGGACGUCCUAAAGGAGGCCUACAUGCUUCUCAUGAAAAUUCAACAGCUCCAUCCAGCUAACGCCAAGACCGUGGAGUGGGACUGGAAGCUGCUCACGUACAUCAUGGAGGAAGAGGGACAGCAUCUGCCUGGGCGAGUCCUUUUCCUGCGCUAUGUGGUCCAGACCCUGGAGGACGACUUCCAGCACAUCCUGCGGAAGCAGCGCCAGCACCUGCAGCAGUCCAUUGCCAGCAUGGUGCUCUCCUGUGACAAGCAGCCCCACAACGUCAGAGACGUGAUCAAGUGGUUGGUUAAAGCAGUGACGGAAGGUGGAUUACCUCAGCCCCCAAAUGGGAGUCACACCUGUUCGGGAACAGGCGCCAUGAAGGCCAGCAGUAGCCACGCUUCUCCCCAGCCUCCUCUGACGAAGAACACCACUCAGGUGAUUGUGUGCCAGCUGCAGAGGAUGCUGUCCAUAGCCGUGGAGGUGGACAGGACCCCCACCUGCAGCUCGAAUAAAAUUGCCGAGAUGAUGUUUGGGUUUGUGCUGGACAUUCCGGAGAGGAGUCAGAGAGAGAUGUUCUUUACCACCAUGGAGAGCCACCUUCUGCGCUGCAAAGUGUUGGAGAUCAUAUUCCUGCACAGCUGCGAGACGCCCACCCGCCUGCCCCUGUCUCUGGCCCAGGCCCUCUACUUCCUGAACCAUUCCACGUCGCUGCUCAAGUGUCAGUCGGACAAAACCCAGUGGCAGACGUGGGAUGAGCUGGUCGAGCACCUGCAGUUUCUGUUAUCCAGCUAUCAACAUGUUCUCAGAGAGCAUUUACGGAGUUCGGUGAUCGAUCGAAAAGACUUAAUAAUCAAAAGGAUUAAGCCCAAGCCCCAGCAAGGCGAUGACAUCACAGUGGUGGACGUGGAGAAGCAGAUCGAGGCCUUCCGCAGCCGCCUGGUCCGGAUGCUGGGAGAGCCCCUGGUCCCCCAGCUCCGAGACAAAGUGCACUUGUUGAAGCUCCUGCUCUUCUACGCUGCGGACCUGAACCCCGACGCAGAGCCCUCCCCCAAGCCCUGGAGCAGCCCCUGAGGUCCGGCUAUGCACUGAGCACCAAGAAUACCUCUUGAACUGUAUCGCCAACUACUUGCAAGUUCUGAAAGUAUGGAAAGUAGUUCAAAGUCUUACAGGACCAAACCUAUCUUAUUUAUCUGUAGGCUAUAAUAACUUUCUCUUUAGUAAUACCUUUUUAAAAUAAUCCUAUCAUAGCCUAUUCUCAAAUAUGGCUUAAAUAUACAAGGUGUAUAUAUUUUUUGAUAAAUUAUUUAUCUAUACUUUUUGAAACAGGUAAUACUAUAUGCACUUACAUGUUUAACAUUUCCAUUCAGGAUGUGAAAAAAAUCCCUCUGAACAAAUCCUAGACAUCAAAUGUUACUCAAGGUACUGAUGAUCCGUUUUGAAAGAGAGAGACACAUUCAUUUCUCCCCAAUGGAACACAAACAUCAAUAUUAGACCUGUUAUAUUGCCUAUGAAUUUGAUUUUGUGGCAAGUCUAUUAAGAUCUAAUGUAACGGGGGAAGGAGGAAGGUUAGAAAUAAGAGGAUGAGUGUUAUAAAAAAUGUUAAAAGGAUACAAUAAAAAGGCAAUGGUUUUUCAAAAUACCAAGUUUACCUGCUUAUCAUGGCUAUGAAUAAGCAGAAUGCAAUAACGACUCUUAACAGGACAAAAACAACAGCUAUGCACAUUUGAGAAAGUAGUAAGGAAUUUUAUU